AUUGGGGUGCAUUUUCCAACAUUGGCACUGGCACACAUUACACAACACUGAAAACGAAACAAGCGCAGCAAAAAGAUUUUGCAAUCCGCUGAAGAAACGUAUAGAUAACUCCGAACUUUGUGCUGAUGGACUGAUCACGAAGCAUUCAACAUGGGCUACGACGUCAAUCGCUUUCAGGGGGAGGUAGACGAGGAGCUCACCUGCCCCAUAUGCUCCGGAGUUCUGGAGGACCCUCUGCAGGCGGUGAUGUGCGAGCACGCCUUCUGUCGCGGCUGCAUCAACGAAUGGCUCACUCGCCAGCCCACGUGUCCCGUAGAUCGAAACGCCCUCACCACGGCCAAUUUGAGGGCAGUGCCUCGCAUAUUGCGCAACCUACUCUCCAGAUUGUCAAUUACCUGUGACAACGCCCCCUAUGGCUGCUCCUCCGUUUUGAAACUGGAUGCCUACAACUCACACCUGGAGGAGUGUAUCCACAACCCGAAGCGGCCGUUUCCCUGUGAAAAGGGAUGCGGUUUUGACAUUCCGAAGGACGAACUUAAAGAUCACAACUGUGUCCGGGAGCUGCGCACGCUGAUCGUCAAGCAGACGGAGAAGAUGGGCGAACUUAAGACGGAGAUUACUGACCAACAGCUGACCAUCAACGAACUAAAGAGGGAACUGCAGCUGUUCAAAGACUUCAUGCGUGCCAUGCGCGUCUCCAAUCCUGCCAUGCGUGCAAUAGCCGAUCAGAUGGAGCGCGACGAGGUGAUUCGAUGGAGCAGCACCCUGCCACGGGCCAGGGUAACUCGGUGGGGAGGAAUGAUCUCUACGCCUGACGAUGCAUUGCAGCUCAUGAUUAAGCGCGCUCUGUCCGAGUCGGGUUGUCCGCCACACAUCCUGGACAGUCUCAUGGAAUUCUGCCACGAGCGUCGUUGGCCAAGGGGUCUUAGUUCGCUGGAGACACGGCAAACUAACCGUAGAAUUUACGAUAACUAUGUGUGUCGACGCAUUCCAGGCAAGCAGGCUGUGCUCGUUUUGAGCUGUGACAACCUCCACAUGACCGAGGACGUCAUGAUCGAUCCAGGCCUGGUCAUGAUCUUCGCCCAUGGCAUCGAGUAGGCUGGACUCGCCACUUAUCCUAGGUUAACUGCUAACUAUAUCGGACAGUGCUCAGUUUUGUUGUUUCCUUAAACAAUAAGUGUAAGCAUUAAAUCGCAACAUUAGACUAUAAAUAGGCUCGCAAAACGAAGCACUCAAAGAACCAUUCAAGCGCCUCAUCACGACUUUCAAGUUGUACAAAAAUUGUGUAUUCGAUUCAGAUCAUUGUUUAAUUUUUACCAUUUAGUUCGUAAUCAAUUUCGCAUAUUCCAUUAAAAAGCGCAUAGAAAACAUUAACUGUUUGAUUAAGCGAUCUCAACCAAUGUCCCCUUGUUAUUGUUCACUUCGAUUUCAUUUUGAUGAAAGGAAGCUGUGAGUGUCUUAAUUUGUGUUUCAAUUCCUAUUGCACAUUUUACUUAAAAUUCGAAAAUAAUUGUCAAUACUUAUAGAUUAAAUAUGAAAGCAGAAAUAAAAGGUUUAUUUAAAGUA